CAAGAACCUGGAAUUGUCAAGCUUUCUACCUCCUACAAUAAUUUGUGUUUGCAGUUGGUAGCUCUCAUCCACCAGGGGAAAGCCCCUCAAGGGGCCAUAGCACCUAUACUGAUCCAAAGGGAUGGUUUGUUCAAACUAGAUGUGGAUGAUGAUAUCUGGCAGGAUAUUGGUCUUGAGGAUGAUUCUGUGGGAUUGCCACCAGCUUGGUUAGCUGAUGAAAGGGUGUGCUUGGGGAUCAGGUCACUCCUUGAGCUGAAGAGGUGUGAGGAGGAGGAAAGGAGG